AUGGAUGGCUCUAUACUACAUCUUGCUUGUAUUCGCUCUAGCUCCUCCUUCACACUUACGUCCUCCUCCUUCUGUCAAGUCUCGCCGCUAACCUUUUCUCUCUCACAGGCAACCGUCCUCACCGUCUCACCGCGUCCACACCUCCUCGGACAGUUCUGGACCUAUUCGACCACCACGCAGCCUGAGUUCUCGACCGAACAGGCCCAGAAACGCCUCUCCGACCGGCUAGGUGACGUGCUGCUCAAACAGCUCACGCUGAUCGGGGCGCCGCAGAUGCUGAGCGCCCUGAUUCCGCUGGCGAAAGUGCAGACAGCCGGAAGGGGGGAAGAGGAGCCUGUGGAAAUGGAUUUGGAGGGGUGGUCCCAACCAUCCUUCCCCGCCCUACACGCCCGCGGCAUCGAAACAAUCACCACCAUCUACGGCACCCUCUGGCCAACCAUCUUCCACAGCUUCGGCCCGCACCGCCGCGACAUCGGCCUGCACGAGCUCGGCAUCGUCUACGGCCUGUACCUGUCGGACUUCCGCCUACUGAGCCCGCUCGAGACCGAGGUGGUCGCGUACACGUGCAUCACGGCGCAAGGACUGCGCGGGCCCGCGCUGUGGCAUGUCCGUGGUCUCGGACGGGUUCUUGGGGCCAGGGGAGCAGAUACAAAUACAAAGAAACCGGAUAUAGAUACAGAGGAAACGGACCGGAACCAGAUACGUCGUAUCAAGCUUGUGUUGACGGGCGUCAAGGCCGCUGUUGUCGCUGCUGUCCAGUUCUGUGGGGCCGAAAUGGUGAUGAGGUCCAGGUUGGAUGCUGGGUGGCCUGAUGCGGAAGAUGUUGUGAGGGAGCUUGGGGGGUGGGGAGAUGAUUGA